AUGGGCAAGCUACGCGCACGGCUAGAGAAGAUGGCCCCCAGGAGGAGAGCUCCGGGACACCCGCCGAUACCGGGACUGACGCCGCAAGCUCCACGCUAUGUGCCACCCGCCGAAGCGAGACCACGGACGGCCCGCGCCUCGGUAAGCGUCGAGCAGCGAGGACGGGCACCCGCGGUCGUGAGAGCGAGGACGACCGUCUCCAGACAGGAGCAGUUAUACCGAACGGCCGCCCAGACAACAGCCGCCCUCGCCUCGGAACUCGAUGCGCUCUUUGGCUCAUUGUCCGACCUGGAGGACGAGCCGAUGCCCACCGCCGAGCCGCCCACAACGACAACCGUGGGGACGACGACGGAGUUGCCGACGCCUCCACCAACACCCGCUACAACGCCGGAACCGGUACCCGGGACGAACCCGACGCCAGGCCCGCCUCCCGGCUACGGCUACUUUACCGGCAACCACGGAGGCGAAUUCAGCGGACUCCUCAGCGGCGUACCAUGGCAGCGCAUCCGUCCGGGACAGCGGUACCGUCACCACGUCGCCGGACGCACCGUCAUCAUAAAGCGCCUACGGAACGGGGAAGUACAGCUCCGCGAGCGAACCUAA